GUGUUUCCAGCUGUGCAGAGGGACUGAUUGGCUGAGGACCCACACUGGAGAGCUUUGGACCCCAUAACAGUGAAUGAGAAUGGGGGACGAGGAUUACAACGCCUCCUACACCUCCUAUGACGAGUACCUCGAAGAUGAGACCAUCAUGGUUUUGGAGGACAUUUCCCCCCCGGGAAGCAGGGUAUUCAGGAUCUUCCUGGUUGUGGUCUACAGCAUUGUCUGUUUCCUUGGGGUCCUGGGCAAUGGCUUGGUGAUCUUCAUCGCCACCUUCAAGAUGAAGAAGACGGUGAACACCAUCUGGUUCCUCAACCUGGCUGUGGCAGAUUUCCUGUUCAAUGUCUUCCUCCCGAUCCACAUUGCUUAUGCUGCCAUGGACUACCAUUGGAUUUUUGGGACGGCCAUGUGCAAGAUCAGCAACUUCCUGCUUAUCUACAACAUGUUCACCAGCGUCUUCCUGUUGACCGUCAUCAGCUUCGACCGCUGCAUCUCUGUGCUCCUCCCUGUCUGGUCCCAGAACCAUCGCAGUGUGCGGCUAGCCUACAUAGCCUGCGUGGUUAUCUGGGUCCUGGCUUUCUUCUUGAGUUCCCCAUCCCUCGUGUUCCGGGACACAGCCCAUCUGCAUGGGAAGAUAUCCUGCUUCAACAACUUUAGCCUGUCAGCGGCCAGCUCUUCCCCAUGGCCUGCUUACCCCCGAAUGGACUCUGUGGGGUUCAGCCGGCACAUGAUGGUGACCAUCACCCGCUUCCUCUGUGGCUUCCUGGUCCCGGUCCUCAUCAUCACAGCCUGCUACUUCAUCAUUGUCUGCAAGCUGCGGCGCAACCGCCUGGCCAAGUCCAAGAAGCCCUUCAAGAUCAUCAUGACCAUCAUCAUCACCUUCUUCCUCUGCUGGUGCCCCUACCACACGCUCUAUCUCCUGGAACUCCACCACGCCACCAUGCCUGGCUCCAUCUUCAGCUUGGGUUUGCCCCUAGCCACUGUCAUUGCCAUUGCCAACAGCUGCAUGAACCCCAUUCUGUAUGUCUUCAUGGGUCAGGACUUCAAGAAGUUCAGGGUGGCCCUCUUCUCUCGCCUGGUCAAUGCUCUGAGUGAAGACACAGGCCACUCCUCCUACACCAGCCACAGGACCUUUACCAAGAUGUCAUCGAUAAACGAGAGGUCCUCGAUGAAUGAGAGGGAGACCAGCAUGCUCUGAGCCUUAGCUGGGAGACCCCAAUGGACAUUCCCAACCACGGAGCCCAAAGCUAUGCCUUCUCAAGGCCAUGGCAGGAACUUCUUCAGUACCCACCAAUGCCCACUAUAUUUUAUACAGGGCUGAACAAUGUUUUGAGCUGGGCAUCCAGGGCUUGGAACCCUUUUCUUC